AUGGUCUUUACCGCCGCAGUGGCCGGAAAGACGUCACUGCCACCCCCUGUGGCGAUUAUCGUGGGCCACAAUAUUGAUGCCUCCGCCAUGCCAAUUACGUAUGAGCGAAAUCGCUUUGUCAUAGAUAUGCUGCACCAUUAUGCGUGCCCUGUUUUUUCUCAUAAAAAGAGCGGUGAUGCCAUGAAUACGGUUUCAAGCGAUGUUUUUGAAUGGGUCUUGGAGCCCCUUCCCGUAGUUGGUGUUGAGGAUAUGACGGCAUUUCAUGACAGGGCAUAUUUAAAUUAUUUAAGUAUCCGUGAGGCCUUGUCCGAGGUGGAUGAGCGGGCAUCAACUGUUAAGCGUUCAAGGGCUGAAGGAAUUCAACCCCCCGUUUCAAGAAGAUCAUCUGCGCAGACUCAACCCCCUCUGCGUGUGCUACCCGACCUUGUGCCUAUAUCAACCGAUGAAGAAUAUGGCCUUGUUAAUGAGAACAUGCCUUUUGUAGGCAUGUGGAGAACCAUUCAAGCUACAGUAUCAGGUACCCUUUUGGCUGCUCGUUUACUGGCUCAACCUGGCCGUUUUGCUGCGAUUCAUUGGUUUGGUGGAAGACAUCAUGCCAAGCAACGUACUGCGGGGGGGUUUUGUUUUGCAAAUGAUGUGGUUCUUGGGGUUCUUGAACUGAAGAAGUUACUUUCUUCAGAUAAGAAUGGUAUUCUUGUAGUGGAUGUGGACGCACAUCACGGUGACGGCACGCAAUCAGCAUUUCUGCAUGAUAAUUCUGUGUUGACUUUAUCCAUGCACGCGCAUGGGGUUGGGAUCUUUCCCGGAACCGGUGGAAUUGAGGAGACUGGUGCUGGGCUGGGACGUGGCUUCACGAUGAAUGUCCCAUUACCAGAAGGCGCAACCGAUAUUCUUGCCGUUACAUUGAUGUAUCGAGCGAUUCAUUUUGCAUUUAAAAAACUGGGGGAAUGUCUGGCUGCUAUUGUUAUUGUCUGUGGUUCAGAUGCCCUUAGUGGAGAUCCGCUAGGCGCUCUCAAUCUUACAGUUGGCGGGAUGCAAAGCAUCAUCAGAAUACUUCUGAAGGAAGCAGCUCGCCGCUCACUCAAGGUUCUUCUCCUAGGUGCGGGCGGCUAUGUGGAUACUAGUUGUGCUCGUCUUGCAGGGGUUGUCACGAAGGAUGUGCUUAGCUGUGCAGCGGCAAUGCGCCUGGGUAAAGCGGAAUACUUUGGAGACUCGGCCAAUCUGGGGGAUAAUCUGGGUGUGGCCGUCCCUGAGGGUUGUGAGUACUUCACUCGAUACGGACCGUCAUUCCUCAUGCAUGGCCUUCCACCUGCUCGCGUAAGUAAACUAUAUCGGCUUCCGUAUGGCUCCCCACUGUUUAUGCGUAUGCAGCGAGCGGCAACAAAGGAGGCUUUGCGGCGCCGUCGAAAUCAAGAACAGGAUGAGGAAGAGGAUGAUGAUGAAGAGGGUGAAGAAGAGGAUGAAGAAGAGGGUGAAGAAGAGGAUGAGGAAGAGGAUGAAGAAGAGGGUGAAGAAGAGGGAGAGGGAGAGGAAGAGGAAGAGGGGGAGGAAGAAGCAUAG